AUGUCUAGAGUUACUACUACAAGGAGGAAACCGACCAAAGUGCAAGCUGUCGCAGUAGGCUCGUCUAAUAAACAUGCCGACGGAGAUAAGACAAAACGCAAUUGGAAGAGGCGGCUCUUCAAUUUCAAUGAACUCCCGGAAUGGCAAAGAGACAAUGAUAAGAUAUUGACCGGCUACGUAAGAGAAACAAAGUCAUUCAAACAGUGCUUGCAAUCGCUACUUUAUUGGAACAAUGAAACAAUAAACAUAUAUACACAUUUGAUUCCGGCAUUGUUUUAUUUGACGAUAUCGGUAACACUGAUAAAUUAUGUGGUAGUACCACAUUUCCCCACUACAUCAAUCAUGGACUACUUCGUCAUCAAUGUUUUCCUUAUGGGCGCCUUUGUUUGCCUCAUACUAAGCAGUUGUUUCCAUUGUCUCAAACAACAUUCAUCCAGGCAAUGUACCCUUUGGAGUAAACUGGAUUAUAUGGGCAUAAUUAUCCUGAUUUCAUGCUCCUUGAUCCCCAUGAUUUAUUUUGGAUAUUUCGAUCAUUUAUACUACGUCAAUUUCUUCAUAAUACUGACUUUCUCCUUCGCUACUUUAUGCUCCAUUUGUGUCCUCAAUGAAAAAUUCAAUGUCCCUCAUUAUAGACCAUUUAGAGCCAUCGUGUUCAUGCUUUUCAGUUUUAGUGGAUUCAUCCCCAUCCUGACAGGGUUCUAUCUUUUCGGAUUCCAUGGUGUCUUUGAAAGAGUAGCCUUGAAAUUCGUAGCAUGGGAAGCUUUAUUUUACAUUACAGGUGCCACAUUAUAUGGAUUUAGAAUACCGGAAUGUUUUAAGCCGGGAGAUUUUGAUUUCUUGGGUAGUUCACAUCAGAUAUUUCAUAUAUUGGUCGUGUUGGGAUCCAUUUGUCAUUUCAGAGCAGUUAUUAAAUCUUAUAUUUUGAUGCACUCAUCAAUGAAUUGA